CAGACAGACAAAUUCGUAAUAAGCGUUCGCGUAAACCGAGUUCCAAAUGCAGUUGUGCACGAUCGCGAUCACGAGUGCAUUAGAUCGAUGCUAGAGCGAGGCGACAGCAGCAUGGCUUCGCUCCGUCGCUGAAGGUUAAGACCGACGACUACAGCAGAACGGCUAACAGCUACACGGGCAUCCAAGUAUCCGACUAUCCAAGUAUCCGAGUAUCCGAGUAUCCGAGUAUUCGAGUGGCAGCGGAGUAGCGGAGUAGCGGAAUUGUGUUCCGAGCGGAGUAGCGGAGUAGCGGAGGCAUUAGCUAAAUCGACGCCCAAAUGCAACGAAUGGAAACUGGAAAAGGCGACGUGUGCGAAAGAGAGACAUUAUCAUAACAGCGACGAGUGCAUCGCAAGUGGACGUACGUCCCGGAGACGCCGUUCGUAACAGAGUAAGACGGACCGAGGCGACGCACGACGCGCGAAUGCAACGAAAACUGCAUAAGAGUAGUAACUAGUCGUACGAAAGCGACCGCGUUAUAGACAUCACGCUCGCACACAAUCAGCGAGGCGACUCACUGACUGACUUACACAAACGCAUCGAAAGAACGCAACGCGUAUGAUUCGAACGCGCGACACGCUCACAUCACGGGCACCAAAUGUAUAUACGUAAACUUGUUGCGUCACUAAAUGUGACGUCGAAAAAACGCUCGCGAGUCAAGUCGCUACCGGCGAGUGAGACACAAGAUAAUACAUGCGAAAUAGCGCCUCUAGACAGGACCGAGUCGCCGAAGAAGGAAAAUAAAAAUGGCGGAUUGCUCAUACGCGAGAUGUGUUCAAGAACGUCGCAACAUCAAACGUGAAUUGCAAAAAUGGACAAAAAACAUGGUGUACAUCGUAGGACUCGAGAGAGUAGCUGAAGAAUUGAUGGGUCGCAGGAAAUGGAAGCUAUAUCAAGAAGUUAUCACCCUGCAGAGACCGCCCUUACCUAUAGCGCAGACAACGAGUGCGGGCAGCACGACGAGUUCGUGCGUCGCCGCGACGACGACCACGACAACAGCGGCCGCGGCCGGCUCGACUGUCACCAAGACCACAAAUGCGACGAGUUGGCCGAACCGCGACGGAACGCCGACGGGACACACGGAGGGCGAAGCUGUCGAAAGCGCGGCUGCGGCCGCAGUCGUCGACGGCGAUUCGACGCCCGAUCCACAAGACACGAGCGAAACGGCCGCCGCCAACGGAGCAGCCGCAACAACUACCACAUCUGUUGAAUCGCUGUCCAGCACCGAGAACAAUGUGGACGAAUGUACUGAAUCGCCUACGGACGAGGAACCAAAAACAACCCGUGACGGAACGGAUGGAACGCCACCCGCCGCUUCCAUGACGCCGAUCAAAUCCGAGCUCUCCACUCCCACAGCACCCGCCGCGCCAGCCACACCGGCACCACAAGCGGCCGACUGGACGCCUCAAGAUAAAUGCUACUUCUGCGUUGAAGGUCAAUUGCUCAGGGUUGGGCCGGAUGGCAGCUUAGUGGCCACCAAGUCAAACAAUGACAUGGACACCAACAACUAUCUUCAAGCGAGUCCCGCUGGCAGCGACAGCGACAGCAGUGACAGCACGUCUGAAAUGGAAAUGGCUCCACGGCUCGGCCUGCAGGAGGCGCUGCUUGCGCAUGGUAACGUUGUCGUCGAACUGUUGCGACGUCAACACAAGCAACAACAACAGCAACAAAACCAUCACCAGCAGCAAAUGCAACAAGCGCCUCAAUUGGGCUCGUUAGAUAAUGUAACGUCGCUCGCAGCUGCCGGCAUUUCACCGUUUUACCCGCCUGGACUCCAGUUUCAAGCAGCGCAGUGGUACCAGUUACUUGCUGCGCAACAACGAUAUAUCCUUCCUCUUGCCGAACAACAGACCAAACAACAGCAACAAGAAUCGGGGACGACGCAGCAACAACAGCCCCCGAGCAGCGCAAGCAGUCCGGCGGCAGGCGCAACCGGAUCAUCGACGCCCGGAGUGGAACAACCGCUGGAUCUCAGCGCGAAGAGCGGUAGCGGUUCCAGUACGCCUACGCCACAACCUAUGCGAUUGCCAAAUUUUGAUCCAAAGCAUAUAUACAAGGCCAAACCUCGGGUGUCAACUGUGGCAGGCCGACGCACUUACACCGAAGAUGAACUACAGGCUGCUUUACGUGAUAUUCAAUCAGGUAAAUUAGGCACUCGACGAGCUGCCGUUAUUUAUGGUAUACCGAGAUCCACCUUGCGUAACAAAGUUUAUAAAUUGGCAAUGGAACGCGAGCGGGAAUCACAUUUGCUACCAUCUGGACUCAUCAAUCUAGCCGCUGCUGAUAAGUUGGAAGAUGAAGAAGAUGAUGAAGACAAAGAAUUAUCUGGAGCAGAAGAGGAACGUGAAGUUAUCAAAGAAUUGCAACGCCCUUUGUUAUCAAUGGAUGACAUACUGAGGUUUUCUCAAUUAGACAGUUCACCCGCUUUUACCAAUGAGGGCUUACGUUCCCUUUUGCAAAAAGGUGCAACGGGUAAUAAAUACUAUGAACCUGAUGUCUGGGGCGGCAUGGACAGGCGUGCGAUAGCUCCAUAUCUGCAGAGUUUGAUUGCCGCGGGAGUUUUGCCGGGACCGAGGGUUGCCGAAACGGCUGCGACAGACGAACGUAAAACGAAAGACGCCGAAUUGAAUAAUGGAAAAUCCGUCAGUGAUGAGGAACUAGCGAAACGGUUGCAACGCAAUUGCGGUGUUAUAGUUCGCUCAGAUCUGACGCAAGCUACGAAUGAAAGAAAUGCAGACGCCGAUGAUUCUGCAGCAAAUGUGAUACUGAAGAUUCCGUCCUUCAAACCAGUAGGGGGCAGUACGCCCAAUUCAACGCCAACAUCCAAUAACUCGCAAAGAAAUGGCGGUGAUGCAUUCCAACAAUUGUUCAGCAUAGCUUCGGCUGGCUUGGAUAAUUCGGCCCAUUCAUCCAAUACGACUGAUUCAACUUCACCACAAGUAGUAUGUUUACGUGACGUAAUUGCGAAAAGCAUUAGUGAAAAAUUCCAACAAUGCCCACCAAAUCAUGAAACCGCUCCAUCAGACAAAUUACCUGCUACAUCACUGGCUGUCGAUGGUAUUGAAAACCUUAAUUCCUUAUCACUUAAGCGUGAAAGAAUUACUCCACCAGUUCAACAAGGUCAAGGCAUAUCAGUAAUCAAGAAUUUAGGUGGUCAUAACUUUUCUGUUAACGCUAAUCAACAAGCCAGUAAUAGUACGGGCGGAACAGGCGGUAAGGGCACACGACCAAAGCGCGGCAAAUACAGAAAUUACGAUAGGGAUAGUCUAGUGGAAGCAGUGAAAGCAGUACAGAGAGGUGAAAUGUCGGUGCAUAGGGCCGGUAGUUAUUAUGGUGUACCACAUUCAACAUUAGAAUAUAAAGUUAAAGAGAGACACUUAAUGCGUCCUAGAAAGCGUGAACCAAAGCCUCAGCCCACAGACGAUAAAAAUUCUAAAGUAGACGCGAUGUCAGCUAACAAUGCGUUGCGUUUAGAUAAAAACAAAACCAUUCCAAAACCAACGGGCAAAGUAUUUCCAUCGCCAGCCGCAAAUGGUUUGAAAAUUUCACCCUUAAUUGAUCCAGCGGGCCUUGUUCAACUAGGAUAUCCCCAAAGCUUUCCCUUUUGGCCGCAUCCCACACAAUUCCAUGGCGUGCCAAUGGAUUUUGCCCGGCCGCCAGGUGCAGGUUUUCCGCAAGCAAAUUCCGAGUACUUUGCAGCUCAAAUGAUGCGUCAGCAAGCAGCCGGGUGCAGUGCGGGCAAGGGGGCUUCAAGUAAAAUCCAAAGGGAGAUAGCUGAAUCGCUGUAUGAUGGCACAGGCGCAAAUGGCAGUUUUCUGGACGGCAUCAUUCGGUCGAGCCUUGAGAUGGGUUUACCGAAUCACCGCGUCAAGAGUGAGCCGGCGACGGGCACCGCGUUGCUGGAUCAGCUGGUGCGCAACAGCCGCCCGACGCACGAGCGUCCGUCGAGUCCUCUGGGAUUCGCCAGUGACGCGAAACGAGCGUCACUUUCGUUCCCCGAACGGCCGCCGACGCGGUCAGGUCCCAAAGACUUCAAGGUGAUGGACUUCAUGUCCGAGAGAGCUACAUCCUUCAAACAAGAACCACCCGAACGCACCGAGCAGAAUGGAUCAGCGGAAGAUACGUAGAAAUGGCCCAUGGGACGCGUGUGACUGAACGUAAAUAUAAACAGUGAGUGCGCGAUCCGAUGACUUUAUUAAAUAAAAUAUUUAUUUUUAUUUUGAACUU